AUGACACCAGAACAAAGAACUGAGGUGAAGGAGUUGAAGUUUAAGGAUCUUAAAGCCAAAAAUUAUCUGUUCCAGGCAAUUGACAUAUCAAUUUUGGAGACAAUUCUUUGCAAAGAAACCUCCAAGCAUAUUUGGGACUCAAUGAAAACAAAGUAUCAAGGUUCAACAAAGGCGAAAAGACAACAACUUCAAAGUCUUUGUUCUGAAUUUGAAACACUCAGAAUGAAAGAAAGAGAGUCGGCUUCAGAUUACAUGGGAAGAGUAAUGACGAUAGUCAAUCAAUUGAGGAUCAAUGGUGAUAAAACUGCAGAUGUCACUGUUGUGGAGAAAAUUUUGCGCUCUAUGACAUCAAAAUAUGAUUUUGUUGUCUGUGCAAUAGAGGAGGCAAAUGACCUUGAUGAGAUAACUCUAGAUGAACUAGAAAGUUCAUUACGGGUUCAUGAGAAGAAGUUUAUCAAACACACAAAUGAAGGUGAACAAGCUUUGAAAGCCACAACUGAUGGAGCCUCAAAUCGAGAUCGUGGUCGUGGUCGUGGUCGAGGUCAAGGUAGGGGAAAUUCUCCCUAUCAGAAUCAAGAAUGA